AUGGCUCAAAGACAUACAGAUGGUCCCAAAAAACAUAGAUUUACGAAUGAUAUUAUUGUACUUGGUGUGAAACCCACAAACAAAUAUAAUACCAGUUGUUUAUGUAAAGCUUGUGAUGAAGUUCUUGGCCGAGAAAAAUCUUUAGAAAGUCCAAUCACCAAUAAGAAAAACGUUCUUGGUUCUCAAGAGGCAGUAGAUGAAUAUUGUAAUAGGACAGAUAACGAAACAGAUAAGGCCCAAAAAGCUUCAAAAAAACAUAAAAGUGCUGAUAUGUCAGCAAUGCCUAUAUCAAUUAAAAAGCCAAGAAAAAGAGUAUCAAACUCUAAAACUAUUUCCAACUUUAUUGUAAAAGAUAUCAGCAUGAAAGACAAACCAAAAUUUGAACGAUUGUUGCUUCGAAUGACGAUCUCGAAUGGAUGGGCAUUUCACUGGAUAACAAAUCCAGAGACUAAGGAGUUUUUUGAAUUCUUGAAUCCAGUGCUUACUUUUCCUAGUCAGUAUGUGUUGUCCAAUCAUAUCCUUGAGGCUGAAAGAACAAAUUAUAUUAAAUCACGAGAGCAAAAACUAAAAGAAGAUAAAAUUGGGGAAGUUCAAGUUUGGGAAGCAAUUGAUACGAGUUCAGAGAGAGAGAGAAUGAUCGAUGUUAUUCCUAAGAUUAAGAAUAUGAUUAAAGAUGCGUCGAGUUUAGGGGCAAAAUUAUUAGCAAUUGUAUCUGAUAGUGCACCAGCAUAUUCUGCUGCAAGACGUCGACUACGGUUACAAUAUCCAGAAAUAGUGUUUCUUCCUUGUUUUGCUCAUCAGUGUAAUUUAACUGUAGGAGAAAUUUUCAAAGAAUCUACAGAAUUUAAACUUGCAAUGAAACAAUCAAUAAAAAUAAAUUUGGCUACUAAGUAUGAAUCGCCUUUUGAAAUUUCAACAUAUGAUUCUAGCGAUGAAGGAUCGAAUCAGCCUUCGAAUAGCUUAGAUGAACUUUAUCUUCCACAACUGAUAACAGCAACUCUACUUAACGACAAUUUUUGGCAAUCAAUAACGCGAUUACAUUCUUUGCUUCUUCCUUAUUGUGGAGCUCUUAACAAAUUACAGUCGGGUACUACAUGUCUUUAUGAUGUGUUGCAAGCUUUUGGUGGAAUAUUGAGAAUAAAACGUAAAUAUUCUUUUGACUUUGCAACAUAUAAACAAUUUGAAAAAAACGCACUAGGAUUUUGGGAAUUCGCUUCUAAUUCAACUAGAGAGUUAGGACCACUAGCCAUACGCUUAUUUGGAAUAUGUGUUAAUGCAGCAUCUGUAGAAAGACUGUGGAGUUCAAUGGGAUUUCUUCACACUAACCGUCGUUGCCGUCUCCAUAAUGAUAAAGUACUAGCUAUGAGUCAAAUCCAUCAACCUACAGAUGGACAAAUUGGAUUAAAUAUAGAUAUGGAUGAAGACAAUAGAUUAUAUAAUGAGUCAUCAGAUAUAACAAAUGCUGAUGAUUGGGAAAACCAAUUACGUGACUGGGAGCAAAUAUUGAUAGAUGAGGAGGUUGCUAGACAAGAGGAAGAAGAGGAACAACGGGACAAUCCUCAUGAUUAUAUGGAAGGUGAUUUGUUAAAUAAUUACAAGCAUCUAGCAGUAGAUGAUAAAGCGAAAUGGGAAUUAUGUAGUAUAUUUAGUGUGCAAUUUCAAAAGCCAGAUUAUAUGAAUAACGAUAAGUAA